AUGGCCUAUGAGGAAGCUCGCAAGCUCCGUCUUCAAGAGAAUCUCAAGAGAUUUCAGGUUUUUCCCUUUCAUCGUUGCCUCGUUUUCUUCUUCUCCUCCUUCUCUGAUUCGUUCUUGACUAUUGAAUCACAGGAUCUAGGAAUUUCCCAGAUUUCUAAGGCACUAUUGACUCAGAUUCCUAAGAAGACCCUUCAGCAGCGUAAUCCCAGACCCAUCGAUAAAGCCCUCUUUGCUACUGCUGAACCAAGACGCUCUUCCCGUGUUCGCACCCCAAUUUCUUCAUAUCGUGAUGAUGUUGAUGUAGACACUGGUCCUACUUUGAAUCUGAGGAGGUCGCGGCGUAACUCGUCAUGGGAUAGCUACAUUGCACGCCCUAAACAUGAAUGCAAGUUUGCUUCUUACGAAGAAAAGGUUGGAGCACUCAAGGCUGCAGAGGAGUUCCAGAGCCGCCUUGAAUCUCCACAUCCUUCCUUUGUGAAAUCUAUGCUUCGCUCCCACGUUUACAGUUGCUUUUGGCUGGGGCUUCCUUCAGGAUUCUGUGUGGACAAUUUUUCUGAGGAAACUAUAGAAGUAGUACUAGAGGAUGAAGAAGGUGAAGAGUAUGAAGCAGUUUACAUUGGGAAAAGAACUGGACUCAGUGGUGGUUGGAAAAGGUUUGCGCUUGAUCAUAAAUUGGACGAUGGUGAUGCUCUACUCUUCGAAUUGGUUGAACCAAAGAGGUUCAAGAUCUACGUGUUCAGAGGAAAUGAGAGUGCUAAUCUUACAAGCAAGGAAAAGAGAGUCAGAGCGAGGCAAAGUGAAGAAGAAGAUAAGGAUGUUGAAGAAUCAGGAGAUGAGGGAGACAGCUCAAGAGCCACUAAGAGAUUGUCCUCAAGGUUACUAAGGAAGAGGAAAGCAUAAGAGAGCCUUGUUUUGUCUACAGGUCCCAUAUAUUGGCGUUAAUUCACAUUUUGGUUGUGGGUGGGUUAAUACUUAUGGCAUAUUUUAAGCUUAUUAACCAAUGUAAGUUUUGGUUUUUGGAUUUGAAAGUAGAACUGGAGUAUGUCUGAUGAUCGUCUUUGGUUCCGAAAUUAAUAUAUCUGAUACUAGUAUUUAGACUAA